CGAAAUUUAACGAGUUUUUUCUCAAAAUUUAACAACUUUAAUCUCGAGAUGGUUUUAUUUUUUUAUUAUUGCUUGGCCCUAAUCCUCUUCCAUAGUGAUAUAACGGUCGACCGCUAGUUUACACUUUUCAAGGGAAUCAACCUACAAAUGGCAUGCUUAUUUUUGUAUUUUCUCCUAUCUCAGAUUAAAUUAUUUUAAUAUAAAAAAAAUUAGACACUUCACCUUUAAGAAAAAGUGGUCAAAGCGCCGCUUGAUGGCACAUCAUGACUUAGUCAGGUUUUAAUAUUUGUGAUUUUGGAUUACUGAAAAAUUAUAAUUGUUACAAUGGUGCUGUAUGCUAAUGUAGAUGAGAUGCAAGCCUUGUUUGCACAAACUUCAGGAUGAAUAGAUUCUAAUAACUGUUCUGGAUGUAUGCUCGAUGAUUAUGUUAAUUUGUCAACGUUUUCUGACAGGGAAGGUUAAAUCUAUGCAGUCUGUUAUUAUAAAGCACUGACACCAAGAUCCUUCCCGUGACGUAUAAUAGCAAGCUUAUCUCAAACAACAAAGCUUGCUGUCAGAGCACUUCAAAGUCAGGGAGUGUUGGGUAUUCAAAACUUACUUAAAAUUAGGUAAGAACCACAUAUGAUAUACACGUGUCAUGCUUUAUAAUCUAAACUGGCCAAAACAGCAACAUAGCAAAUCGCUAAACAUAAUAUAAUUAUAGACUAUAUUACUCAUCAUUAUUUGAAGUGACUUGGGCUAGUUGAGCAAAAAAAUCCUUAGCCUAUUGGAUAUAGUCAUAAAAUAUUAUGUGCCUCAAUUUCUAAUAUUCAUAUUUUGAGAAAGAUAAACAGAUCAUCAUGUUCAGAUGGUACUGUUCUCAUCAAAUACAGUACAAACGCCAACACAUGACAAAUGUCAUUAUACCAUUAUAUGAAACAAUUAGCCUAAUCAUUUUAUCAUUCAAUAUAUUUUAAAGCUUCUGCCAAUAUUGCACAAUAGAACAAAUUAUUGUACUCGUCAGAUUAAUGUUGAGAAAACUCAGUGGACACAACCAGAAUCAAAGCUAGUUAAAUUUCAUUACAAAAAAAAAAAAAAAAAAAAAAGUACAAAAUAUCUUCUUUUUUUGUCCCUCAAAUUCCUGAAAUGUGUGUUAAACCAAAGAUUAUGAAGAUGUAUGCAUUUAUACAUGCAAGUUCUCAUUUGUUAAACUACAGAAUGUUGUGGUGGGUGAAAACUCAUUCCCCCGGGUUUCACAGACAAGGCUUAACUCUAGUCCCAGACUAAAAUGCAUGUCUGAUCUGUUUUAACUGGAAGCAACUGAUAUAUCUUAAAAUAUAUCAGUGCCAUUGUUUUGUCUCAAGAUGCACACCAGUAAUGUUUUUUUCUAAGGCACGUUUAGAAAAGCUACUUAAAUGUCCUAAUUGAACUAAACCCUAAUCCUGACUUAAUCUAAACCAUGUCUGUGAAUCCAGGCCUUUAUGAUUGUAUGUUAUACUGUGCUUCUGUAUUUUUUUUUUUUUUUGUUCUUGUCUGAAUGAAGCCAGAACGAUUGAUACUGAAAACAAAGAAAGGUAUAUACCUCAAAAUCUUUCAGUACUUUGAAUACUUUUGAUUAGCAGAAUUUUUAGAAACCGUUUUAGAUGUCUACAGAUUGUAUUAGCUUACAUGUCCAGUUUCAGGUUAAAGGUUAAUUGGACCAUUUUAUCACUAUUGUCUGACCCUUUUUGACUCAAUAUAUAAUUUUUUUCUAAAAUACUGCAUUUUGUAGCAUGUAGACAGUAGUUUGUAUGGGACACUAUUAUCAGAGCCUUCAAUAUUGGUCAAAGUGUCCUUUUUUACCUCAGCUAAACUUUGCCAGUGUCCAAUUUCCACAGAGCUCCUUUUCAUCUCAAAGACUUAUAUGCAAUGUGUAAUUAAUUACUUGAUUUUUUUUUUUUUUUACAUUAAGCAAUACAAUUAACCAAAUACUCAAAGACAAAUGUUGCUUGACUCUUGAUGCACUGCAAAUAAAAGAUUGUAACCUGGUCUUGAUAUUCAUUGUUAAAAUAAUUUUGAAUGCACAGGAAUUGCAACUAACUAACAAUUUACAAACAAAGUCUGUAACCAUUCACAGUGCAGAGUGGAAAAUGUAUGUGACUUAAAUAGUAGAGCCUCCCUUUUUGGGUCAUUGUCCGGUUGUAUUACCCAACUUCUGUUGAGCUUCAACUGGCCGACAGACGGCAUUACAUUUUCCUGCAAAACCUUGGGAAUUCAUUUUUGCCAUUGAUGAUAGCAAGCUGUCCAGGCCCUGAGGCAGCAAAGCAGCCCCAAUCGCCCUUCCACAAUACUGUGCAUUACAGUUGGGAUAAGGUUUUGAUGUACUUCAAGCACUUGAAGCACAUCCAAAUCCAGUAAAUCCAAAAUUUGCAUCACCCAGUCUCAAAGAGUGAUUUCCAACAUACUGAACAUUUACACUAAUCCUUUUCCAGUUACAUAGUCUUGUUUUUUUAAACAUUGACCCCUGUUAAUAUUUAACAGGAACCUGAGCAAGCAACAUUUUCUCCUUGCUACAAGAGAAACACAUUUCACUCGAUGGAAGACCAAAGGAAACAAUGGUUACUAUUUUACAUAAUUCUCUUCAUGAUAUUCGGGUAUCUUAAGCCAUCAUUGUCUCCUCUACCAACAGCAGCACCGCUCUUCCAUAAGCCUUUUGUGCUUUUAUGGAAUGCUCCUAUUUCCAAAUGCCAACAAAUAAAGAUCCCUCUAGAUUUAUCGAUGUUCCAGGUGGUCACCACACCUUCCAGGGUACGCAAUCAAUCCCUGACCCUGUUCUACAAAAAUCGACUUGGGCUUUACCCCUAUGUAGACCUCCACUCCUUGAAGGAGUAUAAUGGUGGCAUCCCACAAAGGGGCAACCUCUCUGCUAGUUUGGAGAAAGCUAAGGAAGAAUUUACUCAGUACAUUCCAGACUCAACCGCUGGUCUGGCUGUCAUGGAUUGGGAAGAGUGGCUUCCAAUGUUUGACCGGAAUUUGGACGUCAAGGAGAUAUAUAAAGAACUGUCCAUCAACUACACCCUAGAGCAGAAUGCUUCUCUCAACCUGCAACAAGCAAGCAUCGAAGCCAAACGACAAUUCCAGAAGGAAGCUAGAUGUUUCAUGGAGGAAACUCUAAAGAUGGGAAUCUACCAUCGACCUUGGUACCUGUGGGGCUACUACUUGUUCCCAGACUGCUAUAACUAUGACUUUGAGGAGUCAAACUAUACAGGUACUUGUUCAGACAACACAAAACAGCUGAACAACGAGCUGCAGUGGCUGUGGGAGGUUAGCACUGCCCUUUACCCCUCAGCAUACCUGCCGGUCUCCGUAAGUGGAAGCAAGAACGCUGCACUGUUCGUACGUCACCAGGUGCAAGAAGCAAUGAGAGUGGCAGCCCUGCCAAAACACCGCCACACUGCACCGGUCUACGUCUAUCUACGACCUCUCUUAAGAGACCAAAAGGAGCUUUACAUGAAUGAGUUUGACUUGGUCAGCAGUAUAGGUGAGAGUGCAGCUCUGGGGGCUUCUGGGGCUGUGCUGUGGGGGGCUAGUGCUGAUUACAAAGACAAGACCUCUUGUGAAGCCUUGUCUACAUACCUGUCUGAGACUUUAAACCCCUAUAUUGCCAAUGUCACCUCUGCGGCCUAUUUAUGCAGCAAAAGUCUCUGUCAAGGCAAUGGACGUUGUGUCCGCAAAAACUACAACUCGGACGAUUACCUCCACAUUAGUUCAGAAAGCCACCAAAUCAUUAGGAAAGAUGGGAAAUAUGUGGUUACAGGUAGCCCCUCUCCAAGUGAUUUCACUUACUGGGAAAAUAAAUUUACCUGUCAGUGCUAUGAAGACAGGAAGUGCACAGCUACUAUACCUUCUUUCUAACAGAAAAUGUUCUAGAAUAAAUAAAGUAUUUGGAAAGAUUACACUACUUUAUAAUUUACAGUGACAUUAGUAUCCGAAGGAGAAUAAUUUCUGUGUUACCUGGCAGAUAAGACGUGAGCAUACAGUAUGUCAGCAGCUGUCUUCAAUAAAAAGUGACUGAAUAUAACAUGCAGUAAAUACUUUGCUCUUGAAGUAAAAAUGCUCUGUACUUGUACUAGGACAUCAGUUGCAGCUACAUUAACAUUAUUAAUCAUUGGCUUACUUUUAGAAGACAGAAACUCAAGAAGACCCGACCUCAACCCGACGACUAUAAUGUAACGUGUGACCAAAUUAUACAACAAUUUAACAUGAUAUAUGAUUACAGGAUUUAAAAGAACAGUUGCAGACUUCAUAGUGGCUGGAUAAGCACAACUUGUUCAUUUUUUACACUAGUGAUAUUUCCAGAGCACAUGAAUUUGUAUUUCUACAGUCUAUUGAAAUUGUCUAAUGAUGUCACAAAAUGUCAAACACAUCACAAUUUUAAACAACUUUUACAUAACAUUAUACAGAACACAGACAUGCA